GUUACCUCUUCAAUUUUGCCACUGCUGCUACAAAAAAGAUAUCUGAAUCUGUUGCUGAAACAGCACAUACGAUAAAGAAGUCUGUAGAAGAAGGAAAAAUUGACAGCAUCAUUGAUAAGACAAUUAUUGGAGAUUUUCAGAAGGAACAGAAAAAAUUUGUCCAAGAGCAGCAAACAAAAAAAUCAGAAGCAGCAGUGCCUCCCUGGGUAGACAGCAAUGAAGAGGAGACAAUUCAGCAACAAAUCCUGGCCUUAUCAGCAGAUAGACGAAAUUUUCUGCGGGAUCCUCCAGCAGGUGUGCAGUUUAAUUUUGACUUUGAUCAAAUGUACCCCGUUGCACUGGUGAUGUUACAAGAAGAUGAACUUCUCAAUAGGAUGAGGUUUGAUCUUGUUCCCAAACACGUAAAGGAGGAAGUUUUCUGGAGAAAUUAUUUCUACAGGGUGUCCCUAAUUAAACAGUCUGCACAACUCACAGCACUUGCAGCUCAACAGCAAGCAGUAGGAAAAGAAGAGAGCAAAGUCAGAGAAGAGGAUAGUCAACUGAAAGAAACAGUGCGGCCAAAAACACCACCUGUUACAAUAAAUCCUCAAUUAAAAUCUCAAGAGGAUGAGGAAGAGAUUUCCACAAGUCCAGGUGUAUCAGAAUUUGUGAGUGAUGCUUUUGAUGCCUGUAAUCUGAAUCAGGAAGACCUAAGAAAAGAAAUGGAACAACUGGUGCUAGACAAAAAGAAAGACGAGACUUCAGUAGCAGAAGAAGAAACUGCUGAUUGGGAAAAGGAAUUACAGCAAGAGCUUCAGGAGUAUGAAGUGGUGACGGAAUCGGAAAAGCGUGAUGAAAACUGGGAUAAAGAAAUAGAAGAAAUGCUGCAAGAAGAAAAUUAAGCAUUUUCACAAAAUCGCUAUAACUCUAAGCAUUUUUGAGGACUGAAAUGGAUUUCUGCUUUCAUAUUUUGCUUACAAAGGAUCUUCAAAAGACAUAAAAGACUCUAAAAUCGUUAUAAUUCCAUAUGGGAAUACAACCAUUAUUUCUGUUCUUUAUAUGAGCAGUUUCUGAACUUCUGCAUUCUUCAAAAGAAAAACAAAGAAGAGGAGACAGACACUGCAGGUUAUAUGUCAUAAUUAACAGUGAUAAUUAUUACAUGAAGCAGCAGUUUAGUUUGAGGCUUUUUAGGUGGUCAAGAAGCUCUGCAAAGAGAUUUCUAAAUCUAAGAAUCUCAGUUUGUCUACAGCCUUCUGUUUGGGAUGUAAAAGUGGAUGUUGUAAGUAACUUAGUCCUUGAAAAUCACUCUUUCAUCAUAUUUGCCCUCUGAUCCCUGUAUAAUCUGUAAAUGUGUACUAUUUUAAAGUACUUCUAGCUCAUAGCUUUGAUGUGUAUUUAACUUCCUUAAUUUAUGUAGCCAAAGAAUUUAUAGAAAACCCUAUCGAAGAACUUCCAGUAAUUUGUUAUAAAAAAAUACUAAUUCAGACUCCAAAAGAAGUACUGAUUAAUUACUGAUUGAAUAUCAUUACCUGGCAAACAUUUAAGCGUUUAAAUAAGAACAGAGUUAUUAACUGCUUGAAUUAAACUGCUGUUUUUGCUCAGUCAUCGUAUUAAGAUACUGUCUUUCCCCACAGAGAUAAACAGUUUAAUGCAUUCGUUCUUCAAAAGGUUGUUAUGUUUCCAUUUAAUUUUGCUGUCUGAGUGAGAGCAAUUUCAAUGUUUCUCUUUAUUUUAAGUGCUGAAACAUUUAUGUAAAAACUUUGGCUGGUUUGGACAUCUUUAUUAAAUACUGUAGAUAUGUAUAAA